UGGUAACAGACUAUCGCACCGGACCGCGACCUUGGUGCGGUGCGGAGCAUUUAUCGAUAGUCUGUAAGCUUCCAUCGCACAUAAUUAUUAUUAAUAGCGGUGCGGUGGGCAUGCACGUCGCACCAACUGACAGGUAAUAAUAAUACUGGUGCGCUCCGCACCAAUUUCCAUAGUGUGUAAGCUGCGUCGCACCGUUUGACAGCGGGGCUACCGCGAACUACAUUCGACGUCUAACCUCUCUGUCGCACUUAUAAAUUCGUACGUAAGUGUGACAGGGAGACAACACGUCGAAAGUGGUUCGCGGUAGACCCUCGGCUUUCAUUUUCAGUGGAAUGUUAAAAUACUACUAUGACGGGAGUACAGCGAUUUUUCUUGCUAGGUUUAUAAUUAAUUUUGUUGAUAUUCUCUACCUUUCACCAUUCACACUGACUCUGGCAAAGGCCCUAAAGGCUGCCAUUUCUCUAAUAUAAUAUAUAUAUAUAUCAUGUGAUCAACAUGGAGCCCGAGAUCAUAGGUGACGCGGAAAGACAAUCCAUCAUUGAAAUCUUGGAAUUGUAUAAAGAUUUCCCAUGGUUAUGGGACUUAAACCACGCCAAAUAUUUUGAUAAGGACGCUCGCUCGCAAUCAUUCGAAGUCCUUUUAGAGUGCUACCAAAAAUACUUUCCCAAUACAACGGUCACCGAUAUCAGGAAAAAAAUUGAAUACUUAAGAUCAUGUUACCGGCGGGAGCGAAAAAAGGUGGAGUCCAGCAAGACUACAGGAGCUGGCUCAACGGAAAUAUACCAACCGAAUCUCUGGUACUACCCAUAUUUAAAUUUUCUGCAGGAAAAAACGGUUCCAACCACAGUUCCAGUUGACAACUUUCCAACAAAGGAUGUUGAGGAACCUGUAACAAAAAAAGAGAGGAAAACAUUAGAAAAAAAACAAAGUGCUAUCUUUAAGAAACAAGAGGACUUAUUAGACUCGGCGAAAGAACUAUUAAGAAGCCCGGACGAGAGUUCAGAGGACGCUUUUGGGAGGUCUAUUAUUAUGCAACUGAAAGAGCUGACAAAAAUACAAAAAUGUGUUGCAGAGAGGUUGAUUAGUGAGGUAUUGUUUUAUGCUAAAUUAGGCGAACUCAGUAUAAAUACUACUCUAUACAUAAAUAAAAACCACACACCAUCACCCUCACCCCAGCACUCUUCACCGUCACCGCAGUAUUUUCCUCCUUCAUCACCCCAGCAAUCCGAGCAUCCAUCACCAGAAUCUACACCCCAGCGUUUGACAGCACCUUCUCCGGCUCUGUUAUUCCCUCCUAACCAAACCCCAUUCCUCCCAGCCCGUCCUCCCCAUAUGCCGUGGCAACCAUUAACAACAUCUUCACCCCAAUAUUUUCCUCCAUCAUCACCCCAGCAAUCCCAGCAUCUAUCACAAUCACCAGAAUCUACAUCCCAGCUUUUGACAGUGCCUUCUCCGUCUAUGUUAUGCCCUACUAACCAAACACCCUUCCUCUCAGCCCGGCCAUCCCAAGUGCCUCAGCAACCACCCCAAUAUUUUUCUCCAUCAUCACUCCAGCAAUCCCAGCAUCCAUCACGAUCACCAGAAUCUAUAUCCCAGCUUUUGACACACACAGUGCCUUCUCCGUCUCUGUUAUCCCCUCCUAACCAAACUCCCUUCCUACAUGCCCAUCCUUCCCAAGUGCCGCAACAACCAUUAACAACAUCUUCAUCAUCACAAAAAUAUUUUCCUGUCUCUGUCUCAUCACCCCAAUAUUUUUCUCCAUCAUCACUCCAGCAAUCCCAGUAUCCAUCACGAUCACCAGAAUCUACAUCCCAGCUUUUGACACACACAGUGCCUUCUCCGUAUCUGUUAUCCCCUCCUAACCAAACUCCCUUCCUACCUGCCUGUCCUUCCCAAGUGCCGCAACAACCAUCAACAACAUCUUCAUCAUCGCAAAAAUAUUUUCCUCCGUCAUCACCCCAGCAAUCCCAACAUCCAUCACGAUCACCAGAAUCUACAUCCCAACUUUUGACAGCGCCUUCGCCGUCUCUGUUAUCCCCUCCUAACCAAACCCCCUUCGUCCCAGCUUGUCCUUCCCAAGUGCCGCAACAACCAUCAACGCAGCCUCUAUCAUCAUUACCUCGUAGGAGUAUUAUUCUCCAAAAAAAUAAUAUAUUCAGAGGAGAGUUAAAAGACUUAAACAAAUUUGUGAUAUUAAAAAAAUAGCCUCAUAAGAUAUGUUAAGAAAAAUAAUCAGAGGAGAAUUAAAAGACUAAUAAAUAAUUAAAAAUGUAUCUGAUUUUAGAAUAAGGAGAUAUCUCAAGGAGAUAUUAUAAAAUAUAUAUUCAGAGAGAGAUUCAAUCAAAGCCUUUAAUAAAUAUCUGACUAAAAAUAUUGUCUCUUGACACAUAGGUAUGUAAUAUAUGUAAAUGUAUGAGUAUAUUCUGACCAUCCUAAAUUUUCAUUCCAAGUUACUUAUCAAGUAUGGAUAGCUUAUAGGGAUGUGUAUGCAUUCUUAUUGCAACGUUUGUGCAUAGUUAGUGUAGUCAGAGUCUACUCAGAGGCGAAUCAAAAAAAGACAAUUAAAGAUCAGAUUUUUAUAAAAUAGCCCCUUGAGAUAAUAUAUUAUGUUAGGUAACUAUAUGGGACAGUAAGCUGCAGAGGCUACCUUUUCUCUGCAGCUUACUGUACUAUUUACACUUUUAAUUUUCAAGUCCAGUCAACCUAUUUGAUUUCGGUACCCCUUCAUAAUGUGGCAAGUUAUGAAGUGGCCCCGAAAUCAAAUUGGUUGACUGCACAGUUUUCACAUUUUGUAACUAUUAUUUGGAAAGGGUCUAGUGAUCCUACAAAUGUUAGCCAGUUUAGUGAGUCAUGGGGAGUCUGUAUUUUACUGACACUAAUAUUAUUGUUAUAAAUAAGUAUAAGUAACAUAUAUUUCUUCCCUUUAAUACUGCCAAAAUUGGUGUGACAGAGAGGUGACUGAUAAUAAAAUUACUUAUUGUUAAUUAUUAUUAGGUAUUUAGUAUGAUCAUUCUAAUUAGGUGCCAUAAAAGCUGUGAUUCAUAAAUAAUAAUAAUUAGAUUAUUAAUA